AUGGAAUCACCAGAAACACCAGUUGCACCAACACUUUUCCGUCCCCAUCAGCCGAUGAUUAUAGGCACGCCAGAUGGGAUAGCACAUACACUAAGCGGUAUCCAUUUACAGAGGACUUUAUUGCCGAAGACACUUGUCAACCGUCCAUCAACUUCGCGUGCAUAUCCUAUGGAAUCAUUAAACGAUAAUGUCCCAGAUCGACCAGAAAUAUUUUCUCAGUCGAAAAGGAAAUCACGCUCUGUUUCUGAUAUAUUUGCUAGUGUUGAUACUGAUAACAUUGAUGUUCGGUUCCGUCAUGAUGAUGUGAAACCGCAGAAGUCAAUUGUAGUUGAAUCAAACUAUGAUUACACGCCAAAACGGAAGGAUGAGUUGAAAUUGAAGCGUGGAGCAACUAUCAAAGUGAUACGUCGAGAUGGAGAAGAAGGUUGGUGGUAUGGCGAAAAAUUGGAUGGUAGUGGAAAGAAAGGAUUCUUCCCACAAAACCAUGUACAACUAGCGAAGGGUUUGGCGAAGGAAAUCGAUCCAAACGAUAUUCAGUUUACUGGUUUACUAGGAGCCGGUGGCUUUUCAGUUGUCAAGUCAGCAAUUUACAGAGGGCGGGAAGUAGCUGUGAAAAUUCCGCAUUCGAAAUUCAGCAAAAAAGAAAUAUUGGAAGCAGUUCGUGAAGAGGCUAGUAUUUUCCAAAUGUUGGAUCAUGGGAAUAUUGUUGAAAUGUAUGGUGUUAUUGUUGGCGAUGAACCUGCAUUAGUUCUUGAGCUUUGUAGAGAUUCACUGGCGAAAAUAUGUGCUAGUAAUAAGAACAUAUCACUUUCGGAAGAAAUCAUAAGUAAUUGGGGUGUUCAAGUUGCUCGUGGCAUGAGCUAUUUGCAUAGCUUGAAUGUUCUUCAUAGAGAUUUAAAAGCGGCUAAUGUUUUGAUCAAGGAAAAAGUAUGCGACUGUUUGUUGAAUGUGGAGGCAAGCACCGAUGAGCAGUUGGCUCAUUCGCUGCAAGCCAGGAAUGGUGUUUGUCAAAAGUGUAAUGGUUCGGCAUUAAACUGUCUUACUUUAAAAAUCGCUGACCUUGGCUUAUCGAAAAAGUUGAGAGUUGCUGAUUGCAGGAUGAGCGUUGUGGGUACGGUACCAUAUCUUGCACCGGAAGUAAUCCGUGACCGUAAAUGUUCCAAAGCAAUGGAUGUUUGGAGUUUCGGUCUCAUUCUUUGGGAAGUAUUAACCGGUGCAACACCGUUCGAAGGAUUGGGUCCUGGGGCUGUUCAGCUACAGAUUGGAACGUUCGUGAAACAAAAAAUCCCUUCUUCAUGCCCACCAGAUUUGAGGCUAAUAAUUGAAAGUUGUUGGCGUGACGAUCCACUGCAGAGGCCAACUUUCAAAGAGUUAAGUGUUGAAUUGGAAAGAUUUGGCGACAAAUUCCGGGCAGCAGAUCCACAUGAUCAGACGUUCUUGGAGAGCAGUUUGAACACGCUACGGAAAAGUAUGAUGGAAGAAAUAUCAUCAAUCGCGAACGAAAUGGCCCGAAAGGCGGAAGAAUUACAGAAACGCGAAGAAAACUUAAAGAAAGGUGAAAGAGAACUGAAGCUUAAGACGAUGAUUUUCGAAUUGCAACAGACGUUGUCAGAAAGACCGCCAAAAGAAAAACCACAACCACCGAAAAGGCGGCAACCUUUGAAGUGCGAGGAUAUUUCUAAACCUUACGAUAUGAAAACUGAGAUUUCAUUAACGAAGAAUAUGCAAAUGAUCGAAUCUCUUAACAGAGAUGUUGGAACGAGAAUAGCAUUGAACGAUGUCAGGAUAAACGGUUCAACUGACCAGCUAUCUCUGGUGUCCAAUAUUAAGGAUGUCGAAAAUACCUGUUUAGGAUUUGCCACACUUCCGAGAAUCCCAAGAAAAUUUACACUGAAAAAUGAGAAUUUCGAUUGCGUUGAAUGCUACCCGGUACAGCAACGAGUACCAUCGAAGAGUACGCCCGAUCUGUUAAAACUUUAUCGUCUACCAGUUCAUAACACAAGUCCCAAACUGAAACGUGUCAAUGCGUGUAAAGUAAAGCGUGACUCGGCUCGUACUAGUGCUGAGGAAGAGGUAGAUGAACGAUGUGUGGAAGUAAUAAAUGAUAAAGAUUUGGAAAGUCUUCUUGAAACUACCGCUCAUCAACAACCGAAAAAUUUCUUAGAUCACUUAGCAACACCGCGACGUGUCGUACAAUUACCACCACCAACGAAGAAGUUGGCUGCCGAUCACCACGUCAGAUCCGAAAUAAGUCGAUAG